AUGAGCCGAGUGGCUAAACCCUCGCAUGGGCGCGAACCAGAAACUCCUCAGGCACAGUGCAAGGGGGACAGGGAACUCCCCGAACGCUGCACAGGCAAAGGUGCUCAAGGUACCAGCGACACGCUACAAACCUGGGCUAAAGUGGGCUCCCCAGGCGCACAGCGUCAGCCUCCACAAAAACACAUCGACCAGCUCAUCAGGACGACGGGCGCGGGGCACGGCUCGGAGCAGAUCGAGCGCAUGGAGCCGGUGCGGGACCGGGUCAUCAGGGUGACCUUCAACGCGGACGUGCACUCCAGCAUCCAGUGGAGCUUCAAACCGCAGCAGAGCGAAAUCUUCGUGGUACCAGGAGAGACUGCACUGGCAUUUUAUAAAGCGAAAAAUCCUACUGACAAACCAAUAAUUGGCAUCUCCACCUACAAUGUAAUACCCUUUGAAGCAGGACAGUAUUUCAACAAAAUACAAUGUUUUUGUUUUGAAGAACAGCGGCUAAAUCCUCAAGAGGAAGUGGACAUGCCUGUGUUCUUCUACAUUGAUCCAGAAUUUGCAGAGGACCCUAAAAUGGCUAAAGUUGAUUUGAUCACCCUCUCUUACACCUUUUUUGAAGCAAAGGAAGGACAGAAGUUACCACUUCCAGGGUAUCAGUAACGGGGAACCUCCACCCAGUUGACUUCUGCUGCCUGACUGCCAGUUUUGAAACCAUUUUUCCACUGAAGGAAAAACUGCAGGAGUACCGUCCAACAUGAAAUUGUAUUAUUAAACCACCAUGGGCACA